CCCCGGCGCCCAGAGCGCCGGGCAUCGUUUCGCGUGUUGGUCUGAGCCACGGCAAGCAAGGAAUAUGAACAGGAAAACAAGGCGCUGGAUCUUCCACAUCUUCCUGAGCCUGGGGAUUGUGUAUAUCAAGAUUGGGGGUUUCUCCUCUGUGGUGGCCCUCGGAGCCAGCAUCAUCUGUAACAAGAUCCCGGGGCUCGCCCCCCGGCAGCGGGCGAUCUGCCAGAGCAGGCCCGACGCGAUCAUUGUCAUCGGGGAAGGGUCCCAGAUGGGCAUCAACGAGUGCCAGUUCCAGUUCCGCAACGGGCGCUGGAACUGCUCGGCCCUGGGCGAGCGGACGGUCUUCGGCAAGGAGCUCAAAGUGGGAAGCAGGGAGGCCGCCUUCACCUACGCCAUCAUCGCGGCCGGCGUGGCCCACGCCAUCACGGCGGCCUGCACGCAGGGCAAUCUCAGCGACUGCGGCUGCGACAAGGAGAAGCAGGGCCAGUACCACAAGGAGGAGGGCUGGAAAUGGGGCGGCUGCUCCGCCGACAUCCGCUACGGCAUCGGCUUCGCCAAGGUCUUCGUGGACGCCCGGGAGAUCAAGCAGAACGCCAGGACGCUCAUGAACCUGCACAACAACGAGGCCGGGCGCAAGAUCCUGGAGGAAAACAUGAAGUUAGAGUGCAAGUGCCACGGGGUCUCGGGGUCCUGCACCACUAAAACCUGCUGGACAACGCUGCCCAAGUUCCGGGAGCUGGGCUACAUCCUCAAGGACAAGUACAAUGAGGCCGUGCAGGUGGAGCCCGUCAGGGCCAGCCGCAACAAGCGCCCCACCUUCCUCAAGAUCAAGAAGCCCCUUUCCUACCGCAAACCCAUGGACACAGACUUGGUGUACAUCGAGAAAUCCCCCAACUACUGCGAGGAGGACCCGGUGACGGGCAGCGUGGGCACGCAGGGCAGGAUGUGCAACAAGACGGCGCAGCAGUCCAACGGCUGCGACCUGAUGUGCUGCGGCCGCGGCUACAACACCCACCAGUACUCCAGGGUGUGGCAGUGCAACUGCAAGUUCCACUGGUGCUGCUACGUGAAAUGCAACACGUGCAGCGAGAGGACAGAGGUGUACACCUGUAAGUGAGCGCCUGCCCUGGCCGCUCCCCGGCCUGGAUACAUUUGCACAUGCAGUCGACGUAGCUGAGCGGAACUGCGGGAAGAGCUGCUCUCCCUGAAGAGAUGCUCACAAACGGAGCC